AUGGCACAGCCCGUGCCUCAUCAGCCCACCGAUAAGAAGCGCGUCAAGGUCUACGAGCUCCGUAACAAUGACUGGUUCGACCGAGGCACCGGCUUCUGCAGCGCGAGCUUCGAGACUCUCGAAGAUGGUCGCAAGGAUCCGCGCGUCAUCGUUGAAUCCGAAGACCAACCCGACCGCCUCCUACUAGAGACCAAGAUCCAGAAAGAAGAUGGCUUUCAGAAGCAGCAAGAUACCCUCAUCGUAUGGCAGGAGCCGAGCAAUGGCGUGGAUAUGGCUCUCAGCUUUCAAGAAGCCGAAGGAUGCUCCAUGAUUUGGCGAUUCGUGAGCAGCGUCCAGCAAACCUUUCACAACCUUGCUGGCGCCGGUAUGCAGACCUACUCCUCAUCCGAGGAGGAUUACUUUGCUGAUGCCAAAUGUCUAGACGAUGGCCUCUCCGACGAUCUCGCUAUCGAUGUCCCGCCCACGAUCAACCUACCCACCGCCGAACUCGGAAAUCUUGGCGAGAUUGAGUCAACCAUGCGGAUGAUGAGUACGACAGCUAACGGUCGUGAUGCGCUUGCAAAGGCCAUCAUGGCCGAGGAUUACAUUGGCAAACUCAUCCCCAUGGUUGAGAUGGCUGAAGAUCUUGAGAGCCUCCAGGACUUGCACCGGCUCUGCAAUAUCAUGAAGACAGUCAUCCUCCUCAACGACACUUCGAUUAUCGAGCAUGCUGUAUCAGACGAAUGCGUGUUGGGUGUCGUCGGUGCCCUCGAGUAUGAUCCAGACUUCCCCAGUCACAAAGCUAAUCAUCGUCACUGGCUCGGAAACCAAGGUCGCUACAAGGAAGUGGUGCGGAUUGAGGAUGAGCAGACCCGUCGGAAGAUCCAUCAGACAUAUCGGCUACAGUACCUCAAGGAUGUCGUCCUUGCGCGCAUUCUCGACGACCCUACCUUUUCGGUCCUCAAUUCCCUCAUCUUUUUCAACCAGGUCGACAUUGUCCAACAUCUGCAAGCGAAUGCAGCGUUCCUCAACGAACUGUUUGGUAUCUUUAGUACUGCAAACAACGAUCAGAAGAGGAAGAAGGAGGCGGUCCUGUUUAUUCAGCAGUGUUGUGCUAUAGCAAAGAACAUCCAGCCACCGGCCCGCCAGACCUUGUACAACAACUUCAUCGCCCACGGCCUUUUGCAGGUCAUCCACUUUGGAUUGCGACACCACGAUGUUGGAGUGAGGGUCGGCGCUACGGAUAUUCUCAUCUCCAUCAUCGACCACGACCCCCAGAUGAUUCGCCAGACGCUCUACCGACAGAUGCACGAGAAUCAGCCACCCCUGACGGAUUCACUGAUUGAUCUUUUAUUGGUGGAAGUUGACCUCGGUGUCAAGUCGCAAAUAUCAGAAGCUCUCAAAGUGCUCCUGGACCCUGGACCUGCGCAAAUGCCGAACGCCGAGAGCUUUGCAAAGGCGAAUGGCGACUUUGGCGGGAGACCGCGUCCUCAAGGGAGCCUGGAUCCUCAGCAAGACAUCUUCCUGCACCGAUUCUAUGAACGAUCUGCGCCGAGGCUGUUCAAGCCAUUGCUCGACCUGGAGAAGCGAACAGACAUGAACUUCCCCGUACAACAAGCGUCUAUGUUUACGUAUCUGAUAGAGAUUCUGUGUUUCUUUAUCCGACAGCAUAAUCUGCGCUGCAAGUUUUUUGUCAUGUCGAACAACAUUGCUCAGCGAGUUGCUCAACUUCUCAAAUGCCCCGAGAAGUAUUUGCGACUGGUUGCUAUCCGAUUCUUCCGCUCUUUGAUUGGACUCCAGGACGAAUUCUACAUCAAGCAGCUGACGGAAAAGCAAGUGCUGGGACCAAUUCUCGAUGUGCUUAUUGAAACCAUGCCCAGGGACAACCUCCUGGGUUCCGCAUCGCUGGAGUUCUUCGAGUUCAUUAAGAAGGAGAACGUUAAAGAUCUGAUCAAGCACCUUGUAGUGAACUACCGGGAGCGACUGCUAGGUUUGAGCUCCAUGCCCACGUUCCGAGACAUCAUUCUUCGAUAUGAUCAAACUCAGGGAUAUACAUCAAACAUGGAUUACUUCCUAGAGGGCGAGGAUGAGAUAGGCAGGAGACCACAGCCGACGAGAUUGAUGGAACAAAUCAAUGUUGAGCAGGAGCAAGAAGAGUACUGGGCAACAUCGGACCCCGAGGAAGAGGAGGAUUCACAGAACAAGGACCCAGAGAAGGCGCCUUCGACCAACGGGUCUACCGCAUCGAAACCUCUCGUGGAUUACGCAUCCGAUGAAGAGACGGACGAAAAUGUUGAUCCUCAAGCAUCAGAGAGCCAAAGCGAUGUGGCAUCGGACGCCGUGGGGUCACCAAUCGACUCGAGCCUCGGAGUUGUACCGCCACUGGAACGACUGUCAGAAAAGCGACGACGCGAAGAGGAUGAGGACGAAGAUGAGCUCGGGAAGCUUCUGCACAACAAGCGACGCAACAGCAGUGGCUCUGUUGGUAGCGGCUCGGGAACAUCUCACGGCGUCCUCCGCAGACGCAAGAGCUUCAACGCCGGCCCUACCAGUGGCAAUGGCCCGAAGAAGAUCGCUAUCAGCCUGUCCUCGGCUCUACGGACAGGCAGCGGCCCGGGAUCCAACGAGGACUCGUGA